AUGUGGCAUUUAAUAAAAACAUUAUGUAAGAAAGAAUUAAAACCUCAAAAUAUACUUCUGGAUUUUGAACUAUCUGUACAUAAUGGCGUUUUGCGUAUAUUUCCAAAUGCACAAAUUAAAUGUUGCCGGUUUCAUCUCGGGCAAGCCUGGUAUAGACAAAUUACAAAAUUGGAACUUAAAAUUGAAUACGGCCAAAAUGAAUCAGAAAUUUCACAUUGGUUAAAGUAUUUCUUUGGAUUGGCUUUUUUACCGCGUACUGAAAUUUUUGAAGCAUUUUAUGAACUAUUUUCUAUUGCUCCGGACAAUCAGAAGAUAUCAGCAUUCUCAGAUUAUAUUUUAGCGAAUAUUAUUGAAAAUGACAGCAGAUAUCCACUACAUCUCUGGGCUGAGCCACCUUCGAACGAGCCAAGGACUACCAAUGGUCCAGAAUCAUAUCACCGUCAUUUGAAAGAUCAAUUUUAUAACCUACACCCAUCUAUUUAUAAUUUUAUUGAAGUGAUUAAAGAACAUCAAGCAGAAGUUUAUUUAAAAUUACAAUCAAAUGGUCAAAAAUCUACGAAUCGAAAAUCUAAAGUCAUCUCCAAUACAAAAACUCGGACCUUGUAUAAAGAAAAAAAAUUUCUUGAUUGGAAUACUUGA